AUGGGUGUGAUCGAUAUUCAGGGAAUUUCAUCGUUCUCCAUUCAUUGUUCAGAGUCAAAUCUUCGAAAGUCAAGGGCUUUGAAGAAACCCAUUUGUUCGUUUGUGAGGAAGAACACAAGUAGGGUUUAUUGUGUUCAAGCAUCAAGUGAAACUGUUGACGAACACAAGAACUUAAUCAUGGGAGACUCUUUUAUCCGUCCACAUUUGAGACAAUUGUCUGCUUAUCAACCAAUUUUACCCUUUGAGGUGUUGUCUGCUCAAUUAGGAAGAAAGCCUGAGGAUAUUGUUAAGUUAGAUGCGAACGAGAACCCGUAUGGUCCUCCUCCAGAGGUUUUUGAAGCACUAGGUAAUAUGAAGUUCCCUUACGUUUAUCCUGACCCACAAAGUCGUAGACUUCGUGAUGCGCUCGCUCUAGACUCUGGUCUUGAGUCAGAAUACAUCCUUGUUGGUUGUGGCGCUGACGAACUAAUCGAUUUGAUCAUGAGAUGCGUGUUGGAUCCUGGGGAGAAGAUCAUUGACUGUCCUCCGACUUUCUCAAUGUAUGUGUUUGAUGCUGCUGUGAAUGGAGCAGGUGUCAUUAAAGUUCCAAGGAACCCUGAUUUCAGCUUGAAUGUGGACCGCAUUGCUGAAGUUGUAGAACUAGAGAAACCCAAAUGCAUAUUCCUAACUUCUCCCAACAAUCCAGAUGGGAGUAUCAUCAACGAGGAAGAUCUGUUGAAAAUUCUAGAGAUGCCAAUACUUGUUGUUCUGGAUGAGGCUUACAUCGAAUUCUCAGGACUUGAAUCAAAGAUGAAAUGGGUGAAGAAGUAUGAAAACCUAAUCGUGCUCCGCACAUUUAGCAAACGAGCUGGUCUGGCCGGGCUUCGAGUUGGAUAUGGAGCGUUUCCUCUGAGUAUAAUCGAGUACAUAUGGAGAGCGAAACAGCCAUAUAAUGUCUCUGUUGCAGGAGAAGUAGCUGCUUUAGCAGCACUUUCAAACGGUAAAUACUUAGAAGAUGUGAGAGAUGCGUUGGUACGAGAAAGAGAAAGACUUUUCGGGCUUUUAAAAGAAGUCCCUUUCUUGAAUCCGUAUCCGAGCCAGUCGAAUUUCAUUCUCUGUGAAGUUACAUCUGGAAUGGAUGCAAAGAAUCUGAAAGAAGAAUUGGCUAAAAUGGGUGUGAUGAUUCGUCAUUACAACAGUAAAGAGCUUAAAGGUUAUGUUCGAGUUUCUGCUGGAAAGCCUGAACACACUGAUGUUCUCAUGAGUUGUCUUAAGCGGUUCUAUUGA